GUAAUGGUUCUGAGCCAUGAAAGUGGAACCAUUAACUCAAAAAAAGAUAAGGGACUCAAAAACAGAGCUCUAAAAUGAGCUGCUCUUUCAGCCCCCAAAUUCCAAAGGCCCUGCCUUCCCUUUCUCCUCCUCCUCCUCCUCCUCCUCCUUGCUGCAUAAAACUUCCUCUCUUCAUUACAUACAAUCAGAAAACAAACCCCAAUACCAAGUUUGAAAGCAAGAUUGGAAGCACCAGCAGAAGGGUAAAUGGUUUCUUUGAUGUUAAGAAGACAAGCCUGGCAAUUCAAGUUGGUGCACUUUUGGCCGCUUUCGAGAAGCCAGCAUUAGCAGUGACAGGGGUCAAUAAUGAGCAAGAUUUUGUAACAGCUGUAAUAGAGUUGGGGAUUGUUGCUGUUUGGUACUUCCUCAUCAUGCCUCCAAUCAUUAUGAACUGGCUUAGGAUAAGGUGGUACAGGAGAAAACUCCUGGAAAUGUAUUUGCAGUUCAUGUGUGUCUUCAUAUUCUUUCCAGGGUUACUGCUCUGGGCACCAUUUCUCAACUUCAGGAAAUUCCCAAGAGACCCAUCCAUGGAGUAUCCUUGGGAUACGCCUAAAGAUCCUUCAAAAAUUAAGAAUGCAUAUUUGAAGUAUCCCUGGGCUUCACCUGAAGAUUAUGAUUGAGAGAGAGAGCAGGUCUAUUGUAGUGCAUAUUCCCGUGUAAAAUUUGUAAAGCUUUCCUCCAUUUCAUGUCUAUGUUUUUGAGAAAACUUCAUGUGCACAAUAUUGCUGCCAAAAUGUAAAGCCUUUUCCCAUUUGACUACAACAUCCUUGAUAUUGAGUUUCAAAGGAUGACAAGAGAGCACUGUAGUUAUUUUCAGUCCGAACUAGCUUUUU